AUGGCGGAAAACACAAGGAUAGCCAUUGUUGGAGCAGGCAUGGGUGGUCUUGCAGCAGCACUCUCACUUGCGAAAGCAGGCCACAAGAACAUCACAAUAUAUGAGAAUGCAACAAACAUGGGGUUUGUGGGCGCUGGUAUCCAACUUGCACCCAAUAUGGCUCGUAUCCUGGACAAGUUAGGUUGCUGGGGACCAAUCCGCGACGAGGCAGUCCAAUGCGCAAACACAUCCAUCCGGGAAGGCACAACAGACAAAGAGCUAGGGUACGUAGAUCUGGGAUACGUCCGGGAAAAGUACGGAUAUCCACACAUGGUUGGUCAUCGAGCUAGUUUGGCGAACGGUUUGUACGAAGGUUGCAAAAAAGAGAGUGGUAUCACGUUCAGAUUGGGUUGCAACAUAUCCAACGUGCGUUUUGGCGCAAGACCAAAGUUCACUAUUUCGCCAUCCUCAGGUCAAGGGGAAUCAACAGAAGCCGAAUGCGAUGUUCUUCUCGGUGCUGAUGGUGUAAAAAGCUCUACACGCGUCGCUAUGCUCAAGGAACUUGGUCACACCGGCGCUGCUCGCGAUUCAGGUCAGGCUGCCUAUCGAAUCAUGUUGAACCGCGACCAAAUGGAGAAUGACCCCGAGUUACUCAAGUUGAUCGAAUCCGAUACCGUGACACGCUGGAUCGGUGAGAGGAAGCAUAUCAUCGCUUACCCGAUCCACAAUAAGCAAAUAUACAACAUCUCCACCGCACAGCCCGAUAUCAGCUUUGCCGGCGCACCGGACGCUCAAUAUACAACCAAGGGCAGCAAGAAGGCCAUGUUGGAAGUUUACGGCGAUUUCUGUCCCAUGAUACAUCGCAUGUUGAAUCUAGUGCCAGAAGGUGAAGUCGUCGAGUGGAAGCUAAGGGUCCAUGACCCAUUGAUCACCUGGGUGCAUGGUACAGCCGCGUUGGUUGGUGAUGCUUGCCAUCCUACGCUCCCGCACAUGGCACAAGGUGCUGCCCAGGCGAUCGAAGACGGUGCUGUACUGGGUGUUGUGCUGUCUCCUAAGCGGAUCGCCGACGGGAAGCCACAGACCAUCGAGCACGCACUGCGACUAUAUGAGAAGCUAAGAAAACCAAGGGCGGAGGCACUCGUCGAGCUUGCAGCGGAAAACGGAAGAGAAAUGCAUCUCGGAGCGGGUAAGGCCAAGGAGGAACGUGACAAGAUCUUCGCAGCGAUGAAGGCAGGUUCAGGAAAGGUGCCGGACAGGUGGGCUGAUGCGGAUAUACAAGCGCGGGUGUAUGGCGUCGAUGUCGUGGCAGAGGCAGAAGAGCUGUGCCAGAAGGAAGGACUGGAAGCGAAGUUAUGA